AACCACCUGGAGAACCAGGACCUGGCACAAAGACCCUAACCCGCGCUUUAUGACACCAGCACUAAGUCACAGAGGCCCCGCGGCUCCUAGCUCCUGGGAUGCCCAGACCCCCCUGGGCAAAGUUUUGCCCGCGUGGGGCUGAUGGGCAAAGAUGGAAUUUCUUGGAACCACUCAGACAGCGAGUUUCUGUGGCCCCAAGAAAGGCUGUGGCUUGCAGGCGCUGCCCCCUGCUGGGCAGGACCUUGUGGUACAGGAAUGCUACCAACCCUUUCACCUGCCCGGAUACCGCUACCUGAACGCGUGGAGACCCAGCGUCUUCUACAAGAUCGCCACCGCCCAGACUUGCCCCGAGGAAUGCUCUGGCAGCCGGCGGCCGCCCACCAUCCUGCCCUCGCUCCGCUCCGCGCUCUUCUGUCGCUACACCCCACGGGACUGGGACCGCUCCAAUGAUCUGCAGCUCAGGGGUGCAGAGGCCUCGCGGCUCUGGGCCAGCCGACUGACAGGAGACUCCCUGCGGAUCAUGCAGGAUAAAGACCAGCUGAUACACCAGAUGCAGGAGGGAACCUCCCGGAACUUGGGCCAGAGGCUAUCCGACAUCGGCUUCUGGAAGUCCGAGUUGUGCUAUGAGCUGGACAGGCUUCUGACGGAGAACAGCAGCAUGGACACCCUCAAGAGGCGCUUGGAGUGCGCCGCUGAGGAGGUGAAUUGUCCCUUGCAGGUGGCCCUGGAGUGUCUAUACAGUCGGGAGAAAAGGAUCGGGAUUGACCUGGUCCAUGACAACGUGGAGAAAAACCUUAUCAGGGAAGUAGAUUUACUAAAAUGUUGCCAAGAUCAGAUGAGAAAAUUAGCAAAACGAAUUGAUUUCCAGAUUCGAGAUAAUCGGGAUGCUCAGCAUGCCCUAGAGCGGGACAUCGAAGACAAGAGCUCGGCGCAGUAUAUCGAUGAGAGCUGUUUUAACCUAAGAAACACGUCGGACUCCAUUAGCUUCUUCCACGGCGUGGAGAAGUUUGACGGAACGGUCUCCAUUCCUGAAACCUGGGCCAAGUUCAGCAAUGACAACAUCAGACACGCUCAGAACAUGCGGGCCAACUCCAUCCGGCUGCGGGAAGAGGCAGAGCACCUGUUUGAAACCUUGUCGGACCAGAUGUGGAGGCAGUUCACCAACACCAACCUAGCCUUCAAUGCUCGCAUCUCUGAGGAGACAGAUGUGAAGAACAAGCUGCAGACACAGCUGGCUAAGAUACUGCAGGAGAUCUUUCAAGCAGAGAAUACCAUCAUGUUGCUGGAGAGAGCCAUUGCGGCCAAGGAAUGCCCACUGAAAGUGGCCCAGACCAGGCUAGCAUGCAGGACCCGACGGCCCAACGUGGAGCUCUGCAGGGACGUGCCACAGUUCAGGCUCGUCAAUGAGGUCUUCACUAUAGACGACACUCUACAGACGCUCAAGCUGAGGCUUCGGGAAACGCAAGACACGUUGCAGCUGCUGGUAAUGACCAAGUCCCGGCUGGAGCACGAGCUGGCCAUCAAAGCCAACACCUUAUGUAUUGAUAAGGACAAAUGCAUGCGCAUGCGCAAAUCCUUCCCCAGCACGCCCCGCCUGACGGGCUACACCUGCUCUGGCAUUGGCUCAGGCCCUUACGCCAGCCACGCCCCUCGUGUCAGUUCCAACCCCUGUGGCGGAUCCUCCUCCUGCAGCGGCUCUGCGCUUUGUAGAGGCCCCGCCUCUUGCGGGGGCGGGGUCUCUUGCGGGGGCGGGGCUUCUUGCGGGGGUCCCCCCCCUUGUGGAGGCUCCGCGCUCUGUUCCCACUCUGUGUCUGGUUCCUGCCCUGGCUCCUGCUUUGCACCGGUGUGUUAAAUGGCACAACGCUGGAAAAGGCUGAAAAGAAAAUAAAAGAGUCGUUUUCUCCCC